UCAUUUGAUUCUGAAAAAUAUUUUAUUAGAAAAUUUUGAAAGUUUCGCUGAAUUUACUGUGUUACUAAAUACCUUCUAAUACUAUUUCCAUUUGAUACUGUGAUAUCCAAACUUAUAGCGACCAGUAAGCCUUGUUCAAAAUGGAGACUAUCCUCGAACAACAACGCAGCUAUCAUGAGGAAAGGGAGCGUACCAUGGAUGCUAUGGUGAAAGAAAUACUUCACAAGAAGACUGGGCACCGUGAGACUAUUCAUGGAGAUCAUCGUUUGAAGAAUUUACAUGACAGAUACAUAGAGUCCUCAAUCAAGUUGAAAGAGCUGUAUGAAGAUAAAGAUGGGUUGAGAAAGGAGGAAAUUGCCUCUCUGACUGGGCCCAAUGAGUUCCAGGAGUUUUAUGCCAGACUGAAGCAAAUUAAAGAGUUCCACAGGAAACAUCCUAAUGAGAUCUGUGUGCCCAUGUCUGUAGAGUUUGAAGAGUUGGCCAAUAUAAGGGAGAACCCAGCUGAAGAUUAUACCACUCCAGUGGAGUUCACGGAUGAAGAAGGAUAUGGAAAAUACUUGGAUCUGCAUGAGUGCUACGAAAAGUUCAUCAACCUGAAGGGCAUAGAGAAAGUGGACUAUAUAACAUACCUGGGCCUCUUCGACCAUCUGUUUGACAUCCCACGGGAGCGCAAGAACAGUGAAUACCGCAACUACAUCAGGGCUCUGCUGGCGUAUCUGAAAGACUUCGUGAGUCGGGUCAAGCCGCUACUGGACCAGGCGCAAGAGCUGGGUAUUGCUCACCAGGACUUUGUCAGGCAGUGGGAUGCAGGGACCUUCCCUGGGUGGCCGAAAGAAACAGGUGGUGCGUUGACCAACGUGGGAGCUCACUUGGACCUCUCAGCCUUCUCCUCAUGGGAAGAGUUGGCCUCCCUCGGUCUGGACAGACUGAAGUCAGCCCUCAUGGCUUUGGGACUCAAGUGUGGAGGCACUUUGGAGGAACGCGCUCAGAGAUUGUUCAGUACGAAAGGGCAGACGGCAUUAGACAAGUCGCUUGUGGCUAAGAAAGGCGCGAAUAAAGCCAAGGCGUCCACGCAACACCGACACAAAGAUAUUGCUGCGAUCGAAGCACAAGUUUACAGAUUCGCGUCAACAGUGUCAGCCGAACGCGCGGCGACCAUCGAGAACGUAACGCGGCGACAAGCGCGCGCCGCCGGCGAGAGGCGCGACGAGAGCGGCGACGAGAGCGACGCGCAGAGCGCCGACGACGCGGAUAGUGAUGAUGACAGCGUGCCGUAUAACCCGAAGAAUUUGCCGCUGGGGUGGGACGGAAAGCCGAUCCCGUACUGGCUGUACAAGUUGCACGGACUCAACAUCAGCUACACUUGCGAAAUAUGCGGCAACUACACCUACAAGGGUCCCAAGGCGUUCCAGCGCCACUUCGCGGAGUGGCGGCACGCGCACGGCAUGCGCUGCCUCGGCAUCCCCAACACGGCGCACUUCGCCAACGUGACGCAGAUCGAGGACGCUCUAGCGCUAUGGGAGAAAAUCAAGCAGCAAAAAGAGAACGAGCGGUGGGUGGCCGAGAACGAUGAGGAGUACGAAGACUCUCUCGGGAACGUCGUCAACCGGAAGACAUACGAGGACUUGAAGCGACAGGGACUCUUGUAAUCUGUGUUUUGUGUGGAGGAAUAGAUUAUAAUUAAUAAUAUGCUAAUUAAUAAAUUUAAGGAUGUGA